GUUGUUGUUGUGUAGUGUUGCCACUUCUCUCUCGUGAACUGAAGUGAACAAGACACAUAUUCCUUCCCAGUUCCCAUUCUGAAACCCAUGGAGCCGAAGAACAACGAAGAAGAAUGGGGGAAAACCGCAUGGGAAUUCCUAACCCAAGUUCGAACCCAAUCACCAUUGAUUCAAUGCAUAACCAACUUCGUCUCCAUGGACCUCAUGGCCAACACCCUCUUAUCCGCCGGAGCCUCCCCCGCCAUGCUCCAUUCCCUCCCUGAAAUCCCCCACUUCACUCCACGCGCCGACGCACUUCUCAUCAACCUCGGCACGCUCUCCCCCUCCUGGCUCCCCUCCUUCAACUCCGCCGCUGAGCUCUGCCACUCGCUCGGCACGCCCUGGGUCCUCGACCCCGUCGCUGUUUCCGCCUCGCCUUUCCGAUUCAACGCUUGCCUCGAACUGCUUCGCUUCAAACCCGCCGUUAUUAGGGGAAAUGCCUCCGAGAUCAUUGCCCUCUCCAUGCCUCAACACUCCACCACCGAUUCCACCAAGGGUGCGGACAGUACUCACGAGUCAACGGAUGCAGUUGAAGCUGCGAAGUUGCUGGCUCAACGAACUGGUGCCAUAGUUGCAGUUACAGGAGCCACAGACAUUGUCACGGAUGGAAAUCAAGUCGUUGGUGCUCGCAAUGGGGUGGCGUUGAUGCAGAAAAUAACAGCAACCGGGUGUUCUGUUACUGCACUGAUUGCUGCCUUUGUUGCCGUUGAUAAGAGCCAUGCUUUAGAUGCAACAGUAUCAGCAUUAGCUGUAUUUGGUGUUGCCGGCGAGCUAGGAAUGAAGGAAGCUAAAGGUCCUGCAUCAUUGCGAAUGCACUUGAUAGAUGCACUCUAUGGGCUUGAUGAAGCUGCUUUGAAAUCUCAUGUUAAUAUCACUAGUUUGUGUUGAAAUGUGAAGAUCCACAUGUGCCACAUGCAAACUGGUAAUAAUAUUUAUAUGUAUACCUAUUGUAGUUGUCUAUCUAAUGAUGAUCCAUCAAUUGAACAUGAAGAUGGAUUACUAGUUUGAUUGACACAGUCGCAGUAGAGAUCCUUCUACAACUUUUGUCUAUAAUCACUAGAAGCUAUCUCUAGUAAUUGCAGGAUGUUCGUAUAGUUCCAAAUAUCUCAUGGUUCCACCUUUCCCUUGUAGUUUUGUUUUUUGAGAGUUAACUCUUCAUAAUUUCUGUUGAUUUAUAUGAAUUGGUUUGGUGAAAGUUGUUCAUGAA